AUGAUUUCCAGAAUACCGGCACUGUUGACCGUGUUUGUAAUACUGAAUGCAGUUGAUGCAGUCUCGAUUCGAUCCACUCUGAAAUCAAAGGUAAGGUCUAAAAGUCGACUGACUAAUAUAUAUAUUCAGGUCGCAUCGUCAGCAGCCUUCACUGACGGCGUUAAAAUUCGUGUUACUGUUGGGAAAAAGCUGAAUGGCAGUGAAACAAAACGUGAUCCGCUUUCGGCAAUGGUCGCUGCUGUCAAGGCAUGGUCAGAAACGUUGCGAGUGAAAACCAAACCUACCUAUUCGAUUUUGUUUCCAAGAGAUUGUGUGGACGAUGACCAAGAACACACAAAAAAUGGAAUAGUCUGUCGUAAAGGUUGUUUGGAACACACCAGCUGUGGCCCUUUCACCUUCGAAAAACAAACGGUAUGCAAUAACGGAACACAAUCGCUACCCAGCGAACCGGUUGAUCCAAAUCAAGCAGAACUAAGAAUAAUAUUCGAAGAAUUGGAUGCUACCUUGUGCACCUCUGGGCUAAUCAAAGCAGAUUACUGCGCAACUGAUCCACUGACUGACCGCGGGUUCCAAAUGUCUCUGGCUACCCGACUGAGAAACCCUGACUGGCGGGCCGAUCGACGGACACAACCAAUGUAUGUUACUGGAUCGUCGCUCCGGGCGUCGAACUUUCCUCACACACCCAAGUGCGAACAAGUUCACCUGUUCAUAUGUAAAAAUUCGGGAUACAUCGGAUUGUGCCCGGAUGCAUAUAUGAAAUCUGCAGAGAAACUGAACGCUUUAAUCCUGCGCGCUGUAGGCAGGAUAUUGGGUUUCAACAAAAAGGCAUUUGCGUUCCUUAGAGAUGAAAAUGGUGAACCAAGGACAUCAAGAAACCUUUCCACCAAUCUCCCCAAUAAUGGACAGGAUGCAUUUGGAAUCUAUACACCAAGCUCAUCAUACCUAUUCUACAAGUCAAUGAGCAGCUCCAUGGUGGUUGACCGCGUUGAAAAUUCAUACCUAUUUUUGGCACUACCGACAUUAGUGGAAUAUGCUAGAAAAUACUUUGCCUAUCCUCAGUUAGAGGGGAUCCCGCUGGAAGAUGAAGGGACGUUGGGUGUCAUGGAACAAUAUUUUGACAGCCGAUUUGUUUCGCAUGAUGUCAUGAGCUCUGGAACGGACACGGUGACUGGAAUAACAGGAUUCAGCUUGGCAUAUAUGUACGACUCAGGCUGGUACGAAAUCUCAGACGCGCACGAAUUUGCCGGGACUUGGGGAAAAGGCAAGGGUGAAGACUUUUUCAACAAAUCCUGUUUUGAGUACACAAACAUUCAAAAAAGCCUAAUCCACAUCAAAUGGAAGCACUGGACUCGAGCUUCGCUCCCAUUGGUGCUCAGCAGCAUUGCAUAUCCAACUGCCGUGUCGGGACUUGAACUCCAGACACCUGACAUGCGAAGCGAGCGUGUAACCACUACUCCAUCAACGCACGCGAACGUGUUCACACUUAAGCGACGUGAUUGGGGUGCCCAACCCAUCGAACGACGACUCAGUAACUGUCCUGGUUGUGACGAUCGAUUGACUCGCCAGCCAGGACGUCUCAAAAAUUACCGCCGACACCUUACUGCACUUGGACGGAAGUCACGACGCCCGCCUGCCGCGCAUACCCAGACUCGUACGGCUACUGUGAUAUCAAAGAAGACAACAAUUCGCCGCUGA